UGUGAUUUGGGACUUUAGUGACAUUUGUGCUGCCGUUGUUAGAAGAGAAUAAACGUGCAGAGAUGGGCUACUUCUUAUAUUUUUCUGCCGAGACAUGGACCCUCUUGGUUGCUCUCAUCACACUGUUCUUUGUGUAUGUCUACUGGCCAUAUGGAACAUUUAAGAAAAUGGGAAUCCCUGGUCCUAAACCGAUCCCCUUUUUUGGCACUAUGUUGGCAUAUAGAAAGGGAUUCAUGAACUUUGACUUUGAGUGCUUUCAGAAAUAUGGGAAAACAUGGGGCAUUUAUGAUGGCCGUCAGCCUGUGCUGUGUAUCACAGAUGUUUCCAUGAUAAAAACUGUUCUGAUAAAGGAGUGUUACUCCCUCUUCACCAAUCGCAGAAACUUCCGUCUGAACGGACCACUGUAUGAUGCCGUGUCCAUUGCUGAGGAUGACCAGUGGAGGAGGAUCCGCAGUGUUCUCUCUCCCUCCUUCACCUCAGGAAGACUGAAAGAGAUGUUUGGCAUAAUGAAACAGCACUCUGCUAACUUGAUCAGCAGCAUGAAAAAGAAGGCAGACAAGGAUGAGCCCUUAGAGCUGAAGGAGUUCUUUGGACCCUACAGUAUGGAUGUUGUAACCAGCACAGCCUUUAGUGUAGACCUAGACUCUCUCAACAACCCCUCAGAUCCCUUUGUCACCAACAUCAAGAAGAUGCUGAAGUUUGACCUUUUCAGCCCUCUCUUCCUCAUUGUUGCUUUCUUCCCCUUUAUGGGUCCUGUUUUUGAGAAGAUGGAGUUUUCCUUUUUCCCUUCGUAUGUCACAGACUUCUUUUACGCUGCACUGCAGAAGAUCAAAUCUAACCGAGAGACCAGCAAGCAAAAGAGUCGCGUGGAUUUCCUUCAGCUGAUGAUUGAUUCCCAGAAAAACAAUGACCUCAGUGGAGUAGAACAGGAUAAAGGUUUAAGCGAUCAUGAGAUCCUUUCUCAAGCAAUGAUUUUCAUCUUUGCUGGCUACGAAACAAGUAGCAGCUCUCUCACUUUCUUGGCUUACAAUCUGGCGACAAACCCUGAUGUGAUGAAACGGCUGCAGCAGGAGAUCGACUCCACGUUCCCUAACAAGGCUCCGAUUGAGUACCAAGCUCUGAUGCAGAUGGAGUAUCUAGACAGCGUCAUCAACGAGUCUCUCCGACUGUACCCCAUUGCUCCACGUCUGGAGCGUGUGGCCAAGGCAACUGUUGAGAUAAAUGGCAUUGUGAUUCCAAAAGAUAUGGUUAUCAUGGUACCCACGUGGCCCCUGCACCGGGACCCCGAUCUGUGGCCCGAGCCGGAGGAGUUCAAACCCGAGAGGUUCAGCAAGGAGAACAAGGAGACUAUUGAUCCGUACACAUACAUGCCUUUCGGGGCAGGACCAAGGAACUGCAUAGGGAUGCGAUUUGCUCUGGUGAUGAUGAAACUAGCAAUAGUGGAGAUCCUCCAGAGUUACAGCUUCUCUGUGUGUAAGGAGACUGAGGUGCCCUUUGAGAUGGACAUCCAGGGCCUGCUGAUGCCAAAACGACCAAUCAAACUGAAGCUGGAGCCAAGGUCUGAACCUUCAAGCUAAAAAACAAGAAGAUAAAGGAUAAUUAUUUUAACUAUGUUGAAGUAACACCAUGUCCAUUUGUUGUAUGCACAUUAGCUGAUACUGUUUUUUUGCUGCUGUCAAAGCUUUUAUCAACACUUAUCCUAAUCUGAGUGACAAACGGAUCAUUUUUAACGCUGUGUUAACAAUAACAAUUUCUUAUGCAUACUGUCAUUCUUACAUGUGAUUUGAUCAGUGUUAUAGCAACUUGCAUGUGCUAUAAAUGAUUAAAAUGUGACUGUACAAUAGCAGCAUGACAGAUACAUUUUUCAUACUUACUUAGAAGUUUUAAAAAAUAAGAGGGACAUUUCUUUCCAAGCAAGUCAAAUAUUUACAACAUGAAGUAUGGGCUGAGGUCUGGUGGACAAAAUAACAAAAAACAUCUUGCAGUAUACUUGCUAUUAAUGUCACACAAGAGAACCACUCGCUAUUGUCUCAGUGUUUAACCAUAUAGUUAAAUCAACACUUCUUCAAUUUUAAAAGCUUUACCAAAGGAAGUACUGUUAUUUGUUGCAGGCUGAUUGCACAGGCUUUCAUUAUCUUUUGCAGGUGCUCGUGUUUUUCUUUCCACCCCGUGUAAAAUAUUAACUGAAAUAAAAAAAGUCAGUAAUAGAGGUAAUAUUCAGAUCCUUUUUUAAGUUUUUAAUCAUUAAUAUCACACUAUAAAACAUUCUGUUAUGUAUACUUUAACUUUUACUACUGUAUACUGACUGUUAUAAUAUUAUAUAUUAGUGCUGUGUUGUUUGCAGGGGGAAAAUAAGUCCAUUGUCCAUUCAAAAUAUGUGUUUUGUAAGAUUUAUAUUUUUUCAAACACAAAAUCAUGGUUUCUGUAUCCUUUCCUGCUCUAUUAAAAAAAUAUCAGCCCA